GUGAACAGUCUGACAGUAUGCCGCUGUCACUCAGUUAAUCGGGUGUCGUGUUUCUCUAGCUAUGGCGUAACCAUGAAAAUAACAACAGCAUUGCUGCGCUCUAAAGCGACGGGGCCGCUACCUUCUCUGGAGUACUUGGACUUAUCACAACUCGGGUUGGUAUCCAUCGAGAAACUGAGUAGUUGCCCCAAGCUCCAGACACUCAAGCUAAGAGGAAAUAAUAUUUGUGAAGUUUCUAACUUGGAGUGUUGUACUCAUUUGUGGCAUUUGGACUUCAGUAAUAACAAGAUCCAAUGCCUGGAUGGGCUGUCAAGGUUUCUGGCUGUUGGGACUCUCAUCCUGUCCAGCAACAACCUCACGUGGAAGGAACUGGUCAAAAUACGACAUCUUCAUAUCCUCAACCUCAGUCUCCAUGGCAACCCACACCUGGAAAAAGAUCCCUAUUAUCGGAUCCAUGUGAUAGACUGUCUGCCAAAUAUCUGGAUGCUAGAUGGAAGAAUUGUCACUUCGGCGGAGAGACUGCAGGUGAAGCACUUCUUCCAGGACUCAGCACUCACCGAACAUCCAGUUAGACACAAGCUGGGCAGGGAGUGGUUUAUACCAAGCACACUUAAGAAAAUACAGGUGAACGGGAUCUUCGGUGACAAGUCUAAACAUCUGCUAACGAAGUUCCCUAUCAAUGCUGCUCAUAAUAUAGAAAUUGAUCAAAGACGACUUAAAUACUUAGCUUUCAAUCUACAAGAGGACCUCACAACAGAGAGGAAGUACACAAAAAGAGACUUCCAGGUGCUGCGUUACCGCCGGACGUUCCUGGAGGACCUGCUGGAGGUGCGGCCUACUGACCGGGAGAGAUGCAAUAUGCUGCUGCUGCUACUGGUGGCGUCACUAGAGUUCGUAAUGCCCACGCACCUGGUGAAGGAGACGCUGGAGACGGCCAAGCUGGGGAAGAUAGGGAAGGUGUACACCAUGGACCUGUUCCUGUUGCCCAAGGACGUGCGGUGUCAGGUGGUGGGCAUCCUGCUGUCGGCCAUCAAGGUGGACAAGGACAUCAGGGAGGAUGGAGGGCUGUACGACCGCCUGUACCUGUGUCUGUUCUACACCGUGGCGGAACUCACUCGACUUAGUCAGUCCGACGCCCCGGGGGACACUCAGGCUGCUGGCAAGAUGCACAACAUCUACCGAGAUUACAAGUGUCUCCUGGCAUCGGAGAUUGUUCAGCUGAUGUGUAUUGUGCCGGCCUUCUUUGAGUACAUGGAGAAGGAUGUCGGAGUGAUGAACUUGGUUACCACGGGAACAGGAGACCGAAGCAUUAUUGGAAAAAUUACCCAACUAGCUCACAAUUACAGGUCUGAGGGGAGAGAUGUGCGGGCAUUGUACGAGGACAUCUCUGAGAUUCUGCUACAGAAGGUUCAGGAACAGACCAUGAAUCUCACCAACAAGUCUCCACGGGAGGCCGUGGGGGACAAGGUACUCAGUACGUCGGGGGCGGUGAAGAGAGCCAAGACCCCGGUGGACGUGGCGGAGUACCACAUGAAGGGGGUGACCAGCCCAGACUCAGACCCCCCUGUUGUCCAGUGUCACACCCCCAGGAAAAACACACACAAAUUCCCCCAUUUAGGAGAUGUCUUGUUAUUAGGACCACAGACUAUAGGAAAAGUCAUCUCCUUACCUCAGCCAUUCCUGGCACUGGUUGCCAUGGACGCAGUUCCAGUAUCCAAUGGUGCAAUGGUCAGCAAGCUGCGUGAUUCGGAUGACCACUACACAUACGUUAACAUGAGGCAGCUAGAGUGGGACUUGCAGUACCAUUUGUGGAAGCCUGUUGGCACUGUUGGAGACAGCAUCAGACAAGAUGUGCUCCGACAAGUACAGGAGAGAUACACUAUCCAGAGUACAGACGAGAUGCGGAGGGAGCUGGAGCGGCGAGCAGCCAUCAUCUAUCACACAUCGCGGCCAAACUCCCCUGACAGCUACAUGCUGGAACCCCCGGCGCGGGAACCUACCCCCCUCAUCUACACCAGCUACAGGCCCGACACACCUCAGGACACCUCCAAAUCAAAGUUACAGAGUCACCGACCCCCGAGACCGAUGUCGUCUGUUCUGAAGGAGAAACUGGACCUAAAGCUGGACAUGAGUCACAGAGCACAGUCGGCCAGGGUGGUGCGAGAACAGACUCCGUCCAGGCACCCAGCAGCAGCAGCAUCAGCAGCAGCAGCAUCAGCAGCAGCACUUGCUGUAUCAGCACGUCACCUUAACAGACAGGACAACUUCGCCAAGGCAGUGCGAGACAAGAAAAGUAUCACAGCCAUUAGACAGAUCCUGGAUGACUGUGUGAGCCUGGCGAUGGACAUCGUCGACGGUGAUGCAGAGGAGGAGGAUGAAGUGGAGGGUUCUGUCCAGGGGUCCCUGCUGGUGCAGAUCGACGGACACUCGCCCCCCUCCGCUGCCGACAGGCUGCACAACAGAUCCGAUCCAGACCUCCAGUCAGAUGAGGAGCCAGAGCUACAGUCCAUUCAUGCAGACAGCUCCAAGUCUACUUCAUCCAAGGGAGGCAACAACAACAGACCCAACUCAGAGUGGCCUCCCCCUGCUCACCUUGAUGUUCAGCUGCCAAGUGUGGUGGAGGGGGAGAGUGAGCCCAACACGGGGAGAGAGAAGGGGACAAGAGGUCAGGGGAGGUUACGGAAGGGGAUCACCGAUAGCGUCCGCAAGCCAUUAGCAGGCAAGAACGUUGCCCCCAUGAGGAGUAGUAGACCAUUCAGCGCGGUGGACGCCUACCGGUACUUCGUGACAGCCCAGCCAGCCAGUCGGCCUGGGAGCGGCUACAACACAGACUUCCAGCGAGCUCGCACAGAAGUGUGGAAGAAACGAGCGUCAGUUCCCACCACACCCACAGCCAAACAACCACCACCCCAGAGACCAACGUCCCCUGCCCUGACGGACGACCCCCCCUCCAGCAGACUACACAUCCACCGGGCCAACUACUGGAUGGGAGGGGGGCGGGACCUGUACUGGGAGGAGCAGCUGAAACGCCCCAAGUCCGGCCACACCCCUGGGUGGAAGGACGGCCUCCCGGACAACAUGAAGAGACGACCCAAGUCAGCCGUGGCCACAAGGACACUACGGAGAUCAAAGGCUCCCAAUGUUGUCACACCCUCCUCUAUAGCCUACGAAGCCAUGCUGGCAGGCUAUUCUAACCCAGACCUACCCCAGCUACCCAACCUAUCAGACUACAGACCGCUGUCCCAGCAGCUUGGGUUGCCACGGCGACUAGGAUCCCCACCCCCAGGAGUCGAUGACUUCUACGCUGAACCUACCCAAGAUACAGUUUAUAGGUAGAGCUAGCCACACCCAGGGCCAUCAGCAUGCUGCCUUCUCCACCUGCCUUGUUACUCCUGAAAGCAAUGUCACCUUCACACCUGCAUGUACAUUUCUCAUGACACUGACCAGACUAGAAGCUUCGUUGUCAGUAGUGCCAGUUGUCUGAUGAUCAGCAGUGUAGUGUUGUAUCUGACAAUACUGACAUAGGUUUAUUAUGGCAAAUCUGCUGAUCAUCUGUAUGCUUACACCAAAGAAUGAUAUUUGUUAUUUUUGUUCAUGCUGUAGUUUGAAAUGACAUCCACACCUCAAUUAUGAAAGUGGUCAAAAACUUUCGACAGAAAUGAAUACUAUUUUGCACUGAGCUUUGUACACAUUAAACUUACCCUCAUGCGAGGAUAAUACUACUUUCCCACUCUUUACAAAACAUAUGUUCCUUGCGUAUGACCCUUUGUUUAAAACAGACCCACUCUGAAGUGUCAGGAAUAGACACAGCAUUGUUUCCGACUGAACUCCUCAAGUUAGUGGAAUUUGAUACUCGGACUAUCCAUUUCUGUCUGACAGUAUUUAACCUAAGAGUUUAGUUUCACAAUUGUGGUGUGCCAUCACAUUUCAUGCCAUCUAGAGUCUUACUUGAGUUAUACACCUCGGAAUAUUCUUUUCUUGAUAUUACCUAUUGCCAUUACUUAAAUCAUAUGAUACCAAUGACUUGAUGACAGCUAAAAUUAGUAUUGACCUGCUCAUGUAGAUAUCAUGUAACUUAUAGGUGUCACCUGAUGUACAUAUCAUAUCAGUUGCAUGUAGAGCAAUAGCUGUCAGCAUGCAUGUAGAGCAAUAGCUGUCUGCAUGCAUGUCUAUAGCUGUCUGCAUGCAUGUCUAUAGCUGUCAGCAUGCAUGUCUAUAGCUGUCAGCAUGCAUGUCUAUAGCUGUCUGCAUGCAUGUCUAUAGCUGUCAGCAUGCAUGUCUAUAGCUGUCAGCAUGCAUGUCUAUAGCUGUCAGCAUGCAUGUCUAUAGCUGUCAGCAUGCAUGUCUAUAGCUGUCAGCAUGCAUGUCUAUAGCUGUCAGCAUGCAUGUCUAUAGCUGUCUGCAUGCAUGUCUAUAGCUGUCAGCAUGCAUGUCUAUAGCUGUCAGCAUGCAUGUCUAUAGCUGUCAGCAUGCAUGUCUAUAGCUGUCAGCAUGCAUGUCUAUAGCUGUCAGCAUGCAUGUCUAUAGCUGUCUGCAUGCAUGUCUGUAGCUGUCAGCAUGCAUGUCUAUAGCUGUCAGCAUGCAUGUCUAUAGCUGUCAGCAUGCAUGUCUAUAGCUGUCUGCAUGCAUGUCUAUAGCUGUCAGCAUGCAUGUCUAUAGCUGUCAGCAUGCAUGUCUAUAGCUGUCUGCAUGCAUGUCUAUAGCUGUCAGCAUGCAUGUCUAUAGCUGUCAGCAUGCAUGUCUAUAGCUGUCAGCAUGCAUGUCUAUAGCUGUCUGCAUGCAUGUCUAUAGCUGUCAGCAUGCAUGUCUAUAGCUGUCAGCAUGCAUGUCUAUAGCUGUCAGCAUGCAUGUCUAUAGCUGUCAGCAUGCAUGUCUAUAGCUGUCAGCAUGCAUGUCUAUAGCUGUCUGCAUGCAUGUCUGUAGCUGUCAGCAUGCAUGUCUAUAGCUGUCAGCAUGCAUGUCUAUAGCUGUCAGCAUGCAUGUCUAUAGCUGUCUGCAUGCAUGUCUAUAGCUGUCAGCAUGCAUGUCUAUAGCUGUCAGCAUGCAUGUCUAUAGCUGUCUGCAUGCAUGUCUAUAGCUGUCAGCAUGCAUGUCUAUAGCUGUCAGCAUGCAUGUCUAUAGCUGUCAGCAUGCAUGUCUAUAGCUGUCAGUAUGCAUGUCUAUAGCAGUCAGCAUGCAUGUCUAUAGCUGUCUGCAUGCAUGUCUAUAGCUGUCUGCAUGCAUGUCUAUAGCUGUCAGCAUGCAUGUCUAUAGCUGUCAGCAUGCAUGUCUAUAGCUGUCAGCAUGCAUGUCUAUAGCUGUCAGUAUGCAUGUCUAUUGCAGUCAGCAUUCAUGUCUAUAGCUGUCUGCAUGCAUGUCUAUAGCUGUCAGCAUGCAUGUCUACAGCUGUCAGCAUGCAUGUCUAUAGCUGUCUGCAUGCAUGUCUAUAGCUGUCUGCAUGCAUGUCUAUAGCUGUCAGCAUGCAUGUCUAUAGCUGUCAGCAUGCAUGUCUAUAGCUGUCAGCAUGCAUGUCUAUAGCUGUCAGCAUGCAUGUCUAUAGCUGUCUGCAUGCAUGUCUAUAGCUGUCAGUAUGCAUGUCUAUAUCAGUCAGCAUGCAUGUCUUUAGCUGUCAGCAUGCAUGUCUAUAGCUGUCAGCAUGCAUGUCUAUAGCUGUCAGCAUGCAUGUCUAUUGUAUCAUCAUUAUCAGGCCUUCCACAAUAUGAGUGUCUUCAUUGGUUGUAUUCCUGGUAGAGUAUCCAGGGCACUGCUACCUGCCCGGUUAAAGUAAUUAACAUCACUCGGGCACUGCCAGCUACCCAGCUAAGUUUUGUCUAUUUAGAAAUUGACAAGUCAUUGACUGUAUCAAUAUCAACAUGAUGGAAAUCACAUACCUUAGAAACUCAGUUCUCAAGUGACACUUUUUAGAAACUAGUUAUAGUUUAUCCGAUGUGUAUAGUUAAACUAUUAAUAAAUCAAAUAAUAUAGUAACCGUUUUUUGUUAAUAUUCCCACUUCUGAGAGAUAUAUUAAUGUGCAUAGUUGUUUUGUUUUGCUCUGUAAGAUUCAAUGUGUAAUUUAAUCAAUCAAUCUGUGAUAUAUAUUUUAAUUGAAAUAAACCAUACAUUCGUUAAA